AUGUGGAGCAGACGUGUUGCCCCCUGCCUCCUGCUCUGGCUGUCUUUCCUGAGCCCUGCGGUAGAUGGACAGAGAAGGAAAGGGCCAAAGCCAAAUUCUCUUGCAAGAAAAAGUGACUUCCAGGAUUCCACUUGCUUCAUAGAUGUUGUCUUCAUUGUGGACAGUUCCGAAAGCUCUAAAAUUCUUCUGUAUGAUAAGCAGAAAGACUUUGUGGCUCAUUUGAGCGACAAAAUUUUCCAGUUGAUCCCAGGUCGCUCCUUGAAAUAUGACAUCAAAUUGGCAGCCCUUCAGUUUAGCAGCUCUGUCCAGAUUGAUCCACCUUUUUCUUCUUGGAAAGACCUGCAGACUUUUAAGCAGAGGACCAAGUCUAUGCAUCUAAUUGGACAAGGUACCUUCUCCUAUUAUGCCAUUUCCAAUGCCACAAGGCUACUUAAGAGGGAAGGGCGCAAAGAUGGUGUGAAAGUGGCUUUGCUGAUGACAGAUGGCAUUGAUCAUCCCAAGAGUCCAGAUGUUCAAACUAUAUCUGAAGACGCUAGAAUUUCAGGAAUAUCAUUCAUCACGAUUGGACUUUCCACUGUAGUCAACGAAGCUAAACUUCGUUUGAUAUCUGGAGAUUCAUCCAGCGAACCUGUCCUACUACUGAGUGAUCCAACCCUUGUAGAUAAAAUUCAAGAUCGCCUGGAUAUCUUGUUUGAAAAGAAGUGUGAACGCAAGAUUUGUGACUGUGAGAAGGGGGAUCCAGGUGACCCAGGGCCUCCUGGUACCCAUGGAAACCCCGGUGUUAAAGGUGACCGCGGACCAAAAGGAAACCCGGGAAUUCCUGGAUAUAAGGGUGACAAGGGUGAACGAGGAGAAUGUGGUAAACCAGGAAUAAAAGGUGACAAAGGAGCUUCAGGCCCAGAUGGACCCAAGGGACCCAGAGGACUUCAGGGCAUUAGUGGACCUCCAGGGGAUCCAGGCCCAAAGGGAUUUCAAGGCAAUAAGGGUGAUCGAGGUCCUCCUGGUCCUUAUGGUCCUCCUGGAGCCCCUGGUGUUGGACAGCAAGGUAUUAAGGGUGAUUUAGGACCUGUGGGACCCCAAGGGCCAGUAGGCAUCCCCGGCACUGGCAGUCCAGGGGAACAGGGUCCCCGUGGUCCUGAUGGAGCACCAGGAGAGAGGGGCUUACCUGGAGAAGGCGUCCCAGGACCAAAGGGUGAGAAGGGUUCUGAAGGACCAAUUGGCCCCCAAGGACUACAAGGCCUAUCAAUCAAAGGAGACAAGGGACUCCAAGGUGCUGUUGGUCCACCUGGUGCGCAGGGGCCUCCAGGACAAGGUUUACCUGGUCCCAAGGGAGAAGUGGGGCAGAUGGGAUCUACAGGCCCUAGAGGACCAGUGGGAAUUGGAGUCCAGGGUCCAAAGGGGGAGCCAGGCUCAAUAGGGCUCCCAGGACAACCAGGAGUACCAGGAGAAGAUGGAGCUGCAGGGAAGAAGGGAGAAGCAGGGUUUCCAGGAACAAGAGGCCCAGAGGGACCACCUGGGAGAGGACAGCCUGGCCCCAAGGGUGAUGAAGGAAAGAAAGGAAGCAAAGGAAAUCAAGGACAGAGGGGGUUUCCAGGGCCGGAAGGGCCAAAGGGAGAACAGGGCAUUAUGGGCCCUUUUGGAAUGCCAGGAGCAGCGAUUCCUGGACCACCUGGGCCAAAGGGAGACAGAGGAGGACCUGGGAUCCCUGGCUUUAAAGGAGAACCUGGGCUUUCUAUUCGAGGACCCAAGGGUGCGCCAGGCCCUCAGGGACCAGCGGGUGAUCCUGGACUCAAAGGCGAUGGCUACCCUGGUGUGGCUGGCCCUCGAGGAUUGCCAGGACCACCUGGACCCAUGGGUCUGCGUGGAAUUGGAGACACUGGAGCCAAGGGGGAGCCUGGCUCCAGAGGCCCUCCUGGUCCCUCUGGGCCUCGGGGUGUAGGAACCCAAGGGCCAAAGGGUGAUAUUGGACAGAAAGGCUUGCCUGGCCCUCCGGGGCCCCCAGGCUAUGGAUCCCAAGGAAUUAAAGGGGAACAAGGACCUCAAGGAUUUCCAGGGCCAAAAGGCAACCUGGGCCAUGGACUCCCAGGCCAAAAGGGUGAGCAUGGAGAACAGGGAGCUGUAGGAAAGAAAGGUGAAAAGGGGGAAUUUGGAGAACCUGGGUCCCCAGGAAAACAGGGUUUACAAGGACCAAAAGGAGACCUGGGUCUUACAAAAGAAGAAAUUAUCAAACUUAUUUUUGAAAUAUGUGGUUGUGGACCCAAAUGCAAGGAGAUGCCACUGGAGCUGGUGUUUGUGAUUGACAGUUCAGAAAGCGUGGGGCCUGAGAACUUCCAGAUCAUCCAAAAUUUUGUGAAAACUCUGGCUGACCGUGUUGCUCUGGACCUCGCCACAGCCCGAAUAGGCAUCAUCAAUUACAGCCAUAAGGUGGAGAUGGUGGCUAAUUUGAAGCAGUUCUCCAGCAAGGAUGACUUGAAACUGGCAGUGGACAACAUGCAGUACCUGGGGGAAGGCACCUAUACAGCCACUGCUCUUCAGGCAGCCAAUGACAUGUUCAGGGAUGCAAGGCCAGGCGUGAAGAAGGUGGCCUUGGUCAUCACUGAUGGGCAGACAGAUUCCCGAGACAAAAAGAAACUGGCAGAAGUGGUGCAAGAUGCUAAUGAUGCCAAUGUGGAGAGAUUUGUGAUUGGGGUGGUGAAGAAAAAUGACCCCAACUUUGAAAUAUUCCACAAAGAAAUGAGCGUAAUUGCUACGGACCCAGAGCACGUGUAUCAGUUUGAUGAUUUCUUUACCCUGCAAGACACCCUGAAGCAAAAGUUGUCUAAAAAAAUUUGUGAAGAUUUUGAUUCCUACCUUGUUCAAGUUUUUGGGGAAGCCUCCCUUCGACCUGGGCUUGGGAUGUUUGGGGCAGUGCUCAACAAAUCCACCGCAGAGCCUACAAAAGAAGCUUCUGAGCCAGUCAGUGUCCUUCCAGGCCAGGAUGGAGAUGAGCCCUCUGAGUCUACCGGGGCUGAAGGCUUGGCCGCCACUACCGCCUCCAAAGUUGUCCCCACUCUUGUGCCAUCCCUUAGCACCUCUGGGGAUAUGGGAACUGGAACUCUAAAUCCUUUUUGGACAUCAGAGAUGGAAAACUUGGUGCACAAAGAUCAGAGGUGUUUGGAAUCCCUGAAGCCUGGGAACUGCGCCGACUAUGUGGUUCGAUGGUAUUAUGACAGACAGGUCAACUCCUGUGCCCGCUUUUGGUUCAGUGGCUGUAAUGGCUCAGGAAAUCGCUUCAACAGUGAAAAGGAAUGUCAAGACAUCUGCAUGAAAGGAUGAGCCAAUGAACUUUCCUGUCUCUAUGAAAAGUCUGGAAAGCACACAAUACGAAUGAAGCCACAUGUUGGAGCAUAUAUUAAGUAUUUAUAAUUUAUAAGUGUCAUUAAAACUUC